AUGGUAAAGACAUUUUCAACCCAGUAUCUUAAAUUGUACAAUGUUUUAUCGUGCUUUUUAUGGCUAAGUGUCUUAAUUCGAGCUGGCUUGCUUUGGCACAUCUCUGGUGAUCAGCGUGCAGUCUUCAACCACACAAACGUCUUGGUACGUUGGGUCCAAACGUUGGCUUUGGCCGAAGUCUUCCAUAGUAUCCUUAGGUUCGUAAAGUCAUCUCCCUUCACCACUGCUAUCCAAGUACUUUCUCGUCUUAUACUUGUUUGGGGUGUCUGCUAUCUUUUCCCACAAAGCAUCAAUACCUCUCCCAUCUAUCUGUUUAUGAUUCUAGCUUGGUCCAUCACUGAAGUUAUCCGUUAUGCAUUUUACGCUUGUAACUUGGCCGGCAGUGUCCCCAAGUUGCUUUUAUGGCUUCGUUACAAUACCUUUCUUGUUUUGUAUCCCAUUGGCGCCGGAAGUGAAUUGUUGCUCGUUCUGAAAACGUUUCGUGUUGCCUGGAACACCUUCUUUUUGAGUAAAAUUGUGUGGACCGCUGCCACUGUAAUCUAUCCUUUUGGAUUCUACAUGUUGUACACGCACAUGAUUUCCCAACGUCGUAAAGUCCUUAAACUUACAAAGAAGGAUGUUAAGGCCUAA